CACAAUAUAUCUGAAGUCAGGUAUGUUGUUAUCCCUACUCCUGGUAUUCCUGGGUGCAGUCCUCCCCCUGGGGAGUGAGGCACGCCCGCAGUUCACAUGGGAGAGUGAGCAGGUAUCCUCUGUAGACAAAUGUGGGUACAACUCCUGCCCGCAGACACGAGACGACAUGAUAAAUGUUCAUUUGAUCCCUCACACACACGAUGACGUCGGCUGGCUCAAAACGGUUGACCAGUAUUAUUACGGAGACCUGAACUCCAUACAGACUGCCGGAGUACAAUAUAUCCUGGACUCAGUUAUUCCGGAGCUGUUACGGGACCCGUCCAAGAGGUUUAUCUAUGUAGAAGUUGCCUUCUUCGCCAGGUGGUGGCAGCAACAAAAUAAUGAAACGCGCGAAAGCGUUCGAGACCUCGUCAAUGAAGGUAGACUAGAGUUCAUCCUUGGAGGUUGGUGUAUGAAUGACGAGGCUUCAACUCACUAUAAUGACAUCAUAGACCAACAUACCCUCGGCUUUCAGUUUCUCAAAGAGAAUUUCGGAGAAUGCGGCCGACCCCGGGUCGCCUGGCAAAUCGACCCCUUCGGCCACUCACGCGAACAGGCGUCGUUGUUUGCUCAGAUGGGUUAUGAUGGACUAUUUAUCGGCCGUCUUGAUCAUGCGGACAAAGAUCUCAGACUAAACCAAACGAACAUGGAGUUUGUGUGGCGAGGCAGUCCAAAUAACUUAGGUAAGACUGCCCAGCUGUUUACCGGAGUCUUAUACAAUGGAUACAGUCCUCCAUCGGGCUUCUGCUGGGAUAUCAGUUGUAAGGAUGACCCUAUAAUGGACGACAAUCAUUUAAAUGACAACAACGUGCAGCAGAAAGUCGCCGACUUCAUCAAGGCCGCUCAUGAUCAGAUGAAGCACUAUCACACUAAUAGCAUCAUGAUGACUAUGGGAUCCGACUUUCAGUACCAAAAUGCUCAUACAUGGUUCAAAAACAUGGACAAACUCAUCAAAUAUGUCAAUGCACAGCAAAGUAACGGAAGUGACGUCAACGUCAUGUAUUCGACGCCGUCCUGUUACUUGGCACAAAGGAAUCGUUUAAACCAACUGUGGAACUCCAAAGCUGACGAUUUUUUUCCGUACAGCGACCACGCCCACAGUUACUGGACAGGCUACUUCACAAGCCGACCGGCACUGAAGGAAUACGUCAGGCGUACUAACAACUUCCUCCAGGUGUGUAAGCAGGUGGCUGCGUUAGAAUUUUAUGGAGGUCAAGAGGUCAACACCUUAAGAGAGGCGAUGGCAGUACUUCAACAUCACGAUGCCAUUUCUGGUACAGAAAAACAGCAUGUAGCAAACGACUACGCACAGAGAUUGGCGAGAGGAAUCAGCGGCUGUCAGAUGGUGUUAAAUGUCGGGUUCAGUAACAUGCUGACUGUCGGCUCCUCACUCGGGCCUCCGGAACAGAACUUCUGUCCCCUACUCAACAUCAGCAAGUGUUUGAUGAUGGAGAGUUAUGAUACGGUUGUGGUUCUAGCCUAUAACCCCCUGGGUCGUGAGGUCCUUACUUACUUCAGGAUCCCAGUCCUGGGUACAAACUACUACGUCGAAGACAAGGACGGGACUCGUAUACCUACUCAGAUUAUCCCCGUGUCCAAUGCUACGCGAGACAUACCUGAGCGGAAAGGAACCAGGACAGACCAUGACUUGGUGUUUAGGGGGACACUUCCACCCCUUGGCUUUUAUCUAUUCUUUGUUCUACGUAAAGCAGCAGAAGACGUUCCUUUAAAGGAGACAAAUACCAAGGAAGCCGAACCGAAAGAGGACAUUAUUUUGAAAAACGAGCAUUUGAGCCUGACAUUCGAUGGGGUGACAGGCAAACUGACAAAGAUGCAGCAGCUGGAAGAUUCGUUGAUGAUAGGGUUAAAUCAGGAUUACCUGUACUACCUCGGGUACAGCGGUAAUAACAGUAAGGACGAUUUCCAGAACUCCGGAGCCUACAUCUUCCGUCCUAACAACUCACAGGCGUACAACUUUUCACAGACUACCCUCAGGACUAAAGAGUAUGUCACCAUGGGAGACGCCAUGGUUCGAGAGGUGCACCAACAGUUCAGUCCCUGGGUGUCACAAGUUGUGAGACUAUAUGAAAAGAAGAAGUAUGCCGAGUUUGAGUGGACCAUUGGCCCAAUUCCUAUAAAUGACGGUUACGGUAAGGAAGUGAUAUCUCGAUUCUCUACCAACCUUAAUUCCUUUGAUACUUUCUACACGGACGCCAACGGCAGAGAAAUACUACAAAGAAGGUACAAUCAUCGCGACACCUGGAUUUUGAACCCGACUGAGAAUGUGGCGGGAAACUACUACCCAGUAAACAGCAGAAUCUUCAUACGGGACGAAGCAAGAAAUAUGCAAUUCACUGUGCUGACUGAUCGCUCUCAAGGUGGUGCUAGUCUGCGACCAGGAAGCCUCGAAUUGAUGGUACACCGUAGACUCUUGGCUGACGACCAUAGAGGAGUAGGGGAACCACUGAAUGAGACUGGCUCAGACGGGCGCGGUCUAAUCAUACGAGGAAAACAUUAUGUGUUCCUCGAGACCAUAGCUAAGUCGGCCAGGUGUCACAGAGACCUGGCUCUUCAGUUGUAUAUGGCGCCAUCUCUCUCCUUUAUGAUUGGAAAUGGCGAACAGGAGACGUGGAUACAGAACUGGGGUGUUCAAUGGAGUGCAAUGAAAACAGCCUUGCCAGAAAACGUCCAUCUACUGACCAUGGAGACGUGGCGAACACCUGGGGUGGAUCCUAUAGAGGAUAUGGGAUUCCUCAUGAGACUGGAACACUUGUAUGAGGUGGACGAGGACCCUGUAUUCUCCCAGCCUGUUACUCUCGAUCUGAAUCAGUUCUUCAAGUUCGGCAUCCAUAUCGUAAGUGAGGUGACGUUAGGAGCCAACCUACCCUUGUCAGAGUUACGGAGAAUGGGCUGGGAUAUCAUUGUCAACAAACAAGAUACUGCGAAAUCGACGGACAAUACUCUCCGAGUAGACAAUACCACUAUUACGUUGACCCCUAUGCAGAUACGGACAUUCGUGGUCCUUCAACAAGACAACUGAACCCGCUUGAUAAAGUCAACAGCAACAAGGUCGUCAUUUUAUCGCCAUUCUCUUCUUCUCUUCAGUGUCAUCAUUUUAAAGAAUUAAGAAAUUAAACAAAA